CUAGGCAGAAGAUGGCUGACUCAACCGGGCAUCGCGAGCCCGCAACAGCAGCAUCAACUUCACCGGGGCUCUUCUCGCGCCUGACACUCGCCGUUCUGCAACUCUGAAACGGCCCCGCCUCAGACACGCUCCGAUUUUCUACCCCACCGUAAAUAUUGACAGAGAUAUUGUAAGAAAUGGCAGAGAUGGAGAAAGAAGGUAGACCCCCAGAAAAUAAAAGAAGCCGAAAACCAGCGCACCCCGUGAAACGGGAAAUUAACGAGGAGAUGAAGGUGCGGGCCGAGCGGGCCCACCCCUGGGCGGGCGAGGCGGGUGAUCUCCAUGGCAACCCGCCCUACUCCAUGAGUUUUGCCGAGAACACGAUGAAUGAGCUCUUGGGCUGGUACGGUUAUGACAAGGUGGAGCUCAGAGACUCUGAUGACAUCGACAUCCGGAACUAUCCGGAUGGGGAGGUUCGGCAGCACAUCUCAGUGGUGAAAGAAAAUUCUUUGCCAAAAGCCUCAGCAUUGGAGAACAGCACCGGCUCACCACCCCAUGCCAACAGCUCUCGCUCCACACCUACCCCUCGGAACGGAGUGACAUCAGAGCCCUCCUCCACCCCCUCCACCUCCACUCCCAGCACAAAGGAUCAUGGGAGUAUGCCUAUCAUAGUCCCCCUUAUACCACCUCCAAUGAUCAAACCGCCAGCUGAGGAGGAUGUGUCAAACGUCCAGAUCAUGUGUGCGUGGUGCCAGAAGGUGGGUGUGAAGCGCUACUCUCUCUGCAUGGGCAGCGAGCUCAAGAGCUUCUGCAGUGAGAAGUGCUUCGCCGCCUGUCGCCGGGCCUACUUCAAACGCAACAAGCUUGGAUAUAUAAGGAAUUGCGCUGCGAGAGACGAAGAUGGCCACGGCGAAAAAUUACCCCACCACAGCUAUUCUAAGGAAACUCCCAGGCUUGUCUUCAAGACAAACAGCGAUGUCCUUGUGUGUGACUGGUGCAAGCACAUUCGCCACACUAAGGAGUACCUGGACUUUGGUGCCGGCGAGAGACGUCUGCAGUUUUGCAGUGCCAAAUGCCUGAACCAGUACAAGAUGGACAUCUUCUACAAGGAGACCCAGGCUGCCCUGCCGGGGGCUCUGUGCAACCCACCCCACUCUGCCAUGGAGGGCAAGAGUGAGAGUGCCACAGGGGUGCAGCUCCUGACCCCCGAAUCCUGGAGCACGCCUCUCAGUGAGCUGCGGCGCAAGGCCCCGUCACCAGGUGGCGCCACAUCGACGGCCGGGCCCUCCAUCUCCACGUCGUGUUCCCCCUCCGAGCACGGCGUCGUUUGUUCCUCCGUGUCGUCCUCGUCGUCCUCCUCGUCGUCCUCGGCAAAGAUUCCCACGCCGCGACCGCCCCACGAAAACCCCGGGGUGCCCCCGCCUCCGCCGCCUGUGCCUGGCCUCCACCCGGCCCUCGGGAUGCCCCCCGGGAUGCCCCCCGGCAGCCCCCCCAUGGUGAUGACGCCCCGCGGGCCGGUCCCCCUGCCCCUGUUCAUGGAGCACCAGAUGAUGCAGCAGAUGCGGCAGCCUUUCCUGCGGCAUCCCCACACGCCCGGGCCAAACAGCCCCCUGUCCAACCCCAUGAUCCCUGGCAUGACUGGCGGAGCGCAGUCUCGUAGCCUGGGCCCCCCGUCCAGUCCCAUGCACCGGCCCAUGCUGUCCCCCCACAUGCACCCGUCCUCCACGGGCUCGCUGGGUGGAGGGAACCCGCCCGGGAUGAUGCCUCCUCACCCUGGUGCUCACAUGCCUGGCCUGCCCUUCCCUCCAGUCAACAUGAUGCCAGGCGGCCCACUGCCACACAUGCCGCCCAUGAUGAACUUCGGCUUGCCUUCAUUGGCGCCGCUGGUGCCACCACCCACACUACUGGUGCCGUACCCGGUGAUCGUACCUCUACCCGUGCCUAUACCCAUCCCCGUACCCAUCCCCUACAGCCCCAAGGCCUCCGAGGACCGGCCCGGCAACGACGGCACAGUACCCAGCAGACCCGCAUCAGGGCCGGCGGGGGACUCCAAAGACCCACGGCCCUUCACCCCCAGCUCCUCCAGAAGGGAGGGCGGGGAGUCCAAGAAGGGUUCCCCCAGCACGGACACUCUCUCGCUGGGCUACUCGGGCUACGCGCUGGGCCCCGAGCGGAGCAGGCCAGGGGUGGUGGAUCUGACGGUGAAGGCGGAGAGUCCCGGCAGUGGCGGGGGCAGCCUGAGCAGCGGCAGCAGCAGCAGCAACUCUCACCGCUCUCUCUGCAGCUCCCCCGCCGCGCCGCCCACGGAGGGGGUGAUCGACUUGACCACCGGCCGCCGCUCGCGCCAGCAGCUGGUGAUCCAGAGAGCGGUGCCCAGCGUGGAGGUGAAGGUGGAGGCCGACAGCGGUCAGCCGCCGCCGGGCGAGGGAGAGGGCGGCCGGCAGGAGCCGGGCAGCAACGCGGCGGGCCGAGGCGCGGAGGAGAGCGAGCGAGAGGCGGGCAGCGCUCUGGACUCAGUGGCCCUGCCCUGCGCCGACCCCUCCUUCUGUGGAGCUACGCCCCCUCUCGCCCAGCCUAUCACGUGCAGCGUCCCCGCGCUCCCCGCCCUGGCCGCCCCGGCGGCCGCCACCGUUGCUGCGGAGCUGGGCUCGGCGGCGCCGUGCAACGUGAUCGUGAACGGAGGCAGCAGCAACAGCAGCAACAGCAGCAGCAACAGCAGCAGCAGCAACAGCGCGCCAUCGCUGGAGCCCGCGCGCCCCCGGAUGCCCGCGGUGGACCAGCGGCCCCUGCUGGCCGAGCAGGCGUCCGCCGAGCUGCUGGAGCGCGAGGAGCUGAAGGAGAACAGCUGCGCCGCCGCCGCCGAGUGGGACGCAGGUAAGAGGGGCGCUGCCGCCGAGGCGGGGGGCGCAGGGGGCCCCGGGGACCCCAACUUGGCCGACCCCGGGGCCGUGCCCGAUGAAGACCACGCGUACGCGCUGCCCCUGUUGCCCAAGGCUGGCUGCGUGAUCCAGCCCGUGCCAAAGCCGGCCGAUAAGACGGCCACCAUCUUGCCCUGCGGCCUGGCCCCCCCGCUGACCGCCGCAGGCCCCCCCGAGAUGGAGCCGCCCAUGAAGAGGAGGUGCCUGCGCAUCCGCAAUCAGAACAAGUGAGAGGAGCCGCACAGCUCUGACAGAUGGCAGC